AUGGUGCAGCUGGCCGCCUUGACCUCGCAGCACUGGCGAUUGCUGAUUGUGGGGAUCUCCCAUGGAAGCCGUCAGGGCGCCUUAAGCUUGAGGCGCUUGUUGGAGGACUUUCAACCCGCCACCGCAUUUCUUGAAAGCGACAGACAAGACCUUGCCAGCAUGAAAGCAGCGUCAGCUCUGUCUGAUCCAAAUGUGACCCCAGAAUGUGCGGAAGCUCUGAGGUGGGCAACGGAACAAAGUAGACCGUUGAUCUCGAUCGAUCGGGAACAGCUAACAACACGACGUCGUUUGGCACAAAGCCUAUUUCUUCAUCCUGCGCAGCUGUUGCGUUCAAGGAAGCACUGGGGAGUGGUGGCACCAGAAACGAUGCAUGCCGCUGAUUGGAGAAAGCAUCUGCUUCAAGAUUGUCCCAUAUUGCAUGAAGUUAUGCUGGAAGAGAGAGACGAGUAUAUGGCCUAUCAGAUUCUAUUAGGUUUGGAGCAGCGUCUUUCAUGCCAGUACAAGAUUCUGGGGAAAGGCGAGUCUCGGACUCUGACACACACAUUGCAGCGUCGAGCCGCAGCGGACACGGCUCGAAUUGGUGCUGCCCUGCGAUGGGCCUUAGAGCCGUCGGAGCCAGACAUGAAGCUGGAGCCCAGACAUGGGGAGCUUGGCAAACUCUGCAAACUGGGCAAGUCCUGGGAAGAUUUUUUUGCACGUCCCGCCUCACCGCCGGGCCCAGAAAAUGUGGUCGUCAUCUGUGGUCCUGCGCACGUGCAGGAGUUAGGGCAUCGUCUGGAAGCUGCCCUUGGACGCUCUCAAGCUGCCAGAAGAUUUCUUGCCAAAAAUGCAGGACUCUUCCCUCGACUACUGAUCAAUUCAACUUGGAGUUGGGAACGGCUGUCGGCCGAUGCCAUGCUGGACGGUCUACAAUCGCACGCCAGCAGCUUCGAUUUGCACAGCGUUGGCGCUGCAAGCCCUCGCAGCCAAGGAGACGGCUUUGGACCACUGGCAAGCUUGGCAGCCAUAGCAGCCUCGGCUUUAGAAGGCUCGAGUCCAUUACAGACUCCAGGGACUUCAGCAGUUCAUGCCGGACCUGCUUGCGUUCAUGAGCGCUUGCGGUCGCUGUCACAGAGACCUCUUCCUGUGUGGCCUGUGUUCCUCGUGCUGUAUGUUAUAGCUCCAGUGAUGGUGUUUCUUGUGAUACCAAUAAUGAUUGACAUACGCUGGCUCCAGGCCCGCAUUGCUGGGCCAGAGUUUCCAGAUACCUUGCGUGAGGAAAAGCAAAUGCCACUUAAAUGCCAGCAAUGGUGA